AUGUCUGCUAAAUUACUCAGAAGCCUGUUUAUUGAAGAAUCUCCUCAUAUUAAGUGCUCGGACAGAUUGGCAGCUAAAUUAAAUAAUGUCACGUUUAAAAUUCCUAAUUUUUCUACAACUUUGUUCGAACAUUUGUUUAUAGUAGCUGUAAUACGUCUCAGGAGAGAAUUACCGACUAAGAUGAAAAAUUCACUUAGUCUUGAAACUUUCAAAAUAAAAGCAUUCAACUUCUUUCUAAUGUUAAUAAAAACAAUAUAUUUUACCUGUAAUAGGAUCCCUUCCAGCAAGAUUAGUAACCUGAAGCGGUUUGACGGUGUACUUGUCCUCGAAAUGUACGAAUCUUCGGUAACUUUUUCCUUUAAUACCAGGUUUUGGCUUCUCGACAUAUGUCCAAGAUGUUGUGGGACGAGAUUGUUGCACUUGACAAGCUACCGAGCCGUUGUAAAUAAUUAA